AACUGCUUGAGGAGGAGGGACGCCGGCCUACUAAAUCAGUUACAAGAGCUAGAUAAGCAAAUAAGUGAUCUCCGCCUGGACGUGGAAAAAACGACAGAUGAACACCUUGAGACAGACAGUCGUCCAAGUUCAGGGUUUUAUGAGCUGAGUGAUGGAGCUUCUGGAUCGCUCUCCAAUUCAUCUAACUCUGUCUUCAGUGAGUGUUUAUCCAGUUGCCAUUCUAGCACUUGCUUUUGCAGCCCUUUGGAGGCAACACUGAAUAUCUCAGAUGGACGCCCUAAAUCUGCAGAUCUCAUAGGCUGGAUGGACUAUAAUAAGGAAGGCCAGCAUGAGGACCAGACUGCAGGCUCUGUCUGUCGCUCUUUGUCUACACCGCACUCAAAUUCCCUCGAUGUCGUUGCAGAUGUACAUCCAAAGUACCAGUGCGAUCUCGUGUCUAAAAACGGGAACGAUGUCUACCGGUACCCCAGCCCACUCCACGCGGUAGCUGUGCAGAGUCCCAUGUUUCUUCUCCCCGUGACUGAAAACCCCCAGCGAGAAGAGGAGAGGCUUGGUUGUGAUAUUAGCGACGUUUGCUCCAGAUCUGAAACGGACUCAGGAAAAUCCGCCAACGCCUUUCUCCCGCAAGGCUCCUGGCCGGCGCCGUGCCCUUCCACCAGCAAGAGGAUAGACGGGUACAUCUUAAGCCUGGUUCAGAAAAAGACUCAUGCGGUAAGGACUAACAAACCGAGGACGAGUCUCAACGCCGAUCCCACCAAAGGGAUCUUGAGGCAUGGAAGCAUGUGCGUCAGGCAGCCCGCAGGGGUGGUGGCUCACGGUAACGUCGUAAACCUGAAGAGCUCCAAGCAAGCGUGCUUGCCUUCCAGUGGGACCACCGCUCUGGACCAUGCGGCACCUUCCCCGUUAAAGCAGAGGCCGAGGGAGCCGGCUGGCGAGCAGCUGGAGAGUAGGAAGGCACCUUUGCCGGCGGCUUUCCCACCCGCCGUGGCGGGCGAACUUCAGAGCAAGCACGUGCCGCGGGGCGUCAAACCGGCACCUCCGGAGCUCAACCGCAACGCAGUGGCCACGGCAGGGGACGUCCCCAAGGAGAACGGCCAGCUCUUUGCCGCGUCUCCCAAAGACAGCCCGGGGAAGACCGUGGUGCUGCAGCCGGAGAACAGGGUCAGCCAGCCUCCCAAAAAAAUACUGCAGGCGGCGCGCUCCUCGUCGCCUGCUGUCGAGGAGCGGCCCGCGCUGGAUUUCAAAAGCGAGGGCUCUUCCUCCCAGAGCCUGGAUGAUGGGUUGCUGGUGAAUGCCCAGUACAUACCGGCCCAGCAGCAAAGCGUGAAGCUUCACAAAGGCACCCGAAAUGUCAAGAUUUUGAAAAGCUCUGCGCUGAAACACAGGCCCCACCUUGCCAACGGGCUGGAAAAUGGUUCGCAGACCUUGCGGGAGAAAACCAAGCCGGUGGGCAAGAAGUGCCGCUUUCCUGAUGAGUUGGAUACAAAUAAGAAACUGAAAAAACCCUCCUCACGGGGGAAGAGAGGCAGCGGCCUUACGUGGAAGUCGUCGGCGGAGAUUUCCUACGAGGAGGCCCUGCGGAGGGCGAGGAGGAACCGGCGGGAAGGUGUGGGGGUCUACUCGCAAGUCCCCCUGCCCUACGUCAGCCCGUACGCCUACGUGGCCAGCGACUCGGAGUACUCGGCGGAGUGCGAGUCCUUGUUCCACUCCACCGUGGUGGACACGAGCGAGGACGAGCAGAGCAACUACACAACGAACUGCUUUGGAGACAGUGAGUCGAGCCUGAGCGAGGUGGAGUUUGUAGGGGAGAGCACGACCACCAGCGACUCUGAUGAGAGCGGGGGCCUUAUUUGGUCUCAGUUUGUCCAGACGCUCCCCAUCCAAACGGUCACGGCGCCGGAGCUGCAUGAAAAUGCGGCGAAGGCCUUUGUCAAAAUCAAAGCCUCCCAUAACCUCAAGAAGAAAAUCCUCCGCUUUCGGUCGGGCUCCCUGAAGCUCAUGACAACUGUCUAGUGAGGUGACUUGGUGGAAUGUAUCUGCUUCUGCUUUCGGAAGCAAGGUGCUUUUGUGUACAUAUUUCCACAGAUUUUUUUUUUUUUUUUAUACAAAUAUUUAAAACUUAAGGUAAAUUAUGUCACUUGUCUUCAGAACUUGGGUGGAUACUAGUGCCUUUUACGUGGAAAUAAAAGACCAUUAUACUCGUUUAAAAAAAAAAAACAAACCACAUAACACUGCCAUUUCAGUGGUGAACAGCCUCCAGUGCAUGGUAUCAGAAGGCUUUGAAAAAAGGCUAAUGUUCUGGGAAUGGAUCUUCCUUGCCUAGUUUUUCCAGUUCUGGGUCUUAUACAGGAUAUCGACAGCUUAAGGUCAUAAGUUUUUAGGGGAUAAGGGGGAGGGAGUGCGGGUGGUCUUCAUGUUUUUGCUUGUCCCUUUCUGCUGCUCCUGCUGCCACAUCUUGAACUUCUUCCUCCUGGUAGUCUGGCCUGUUUUUUUUUCUUUUUUUCUUUUCUUGUUGAUCCUCUUCUUGAAACUCACCCCCGUCCUCCCCUAGCUUUCCCACACCAGGAAAGGGCUCCAGUUCAAUCUGUCUUCAAGGUUAAGUUGCCUUCUCUGGAGUGCACUCUGCUCUGAUCUCCUGG